AUGAAGAGGCAAGAUAAAGCCAAACCUAAUGAAUCUGGAAUGGGAGAAAAUAAACUCCGUAUUGCCAUAGUAUCAUCAGAUAAAUGUAAACCAAAAAAAUGUAGGCAGGAAUGCAAACGCACAUGCCCUGUUACAAAAACAGGAAAGCAGUGCAUAGAAGUUGAUCCAACAAGUAAAAUCGCAUUUAUUUCAGAACAUCUUUGUAUCGGUUGUGGUAUUUGCGUUAAAAAGUGUCCAUUCGAAGCUAUUACAAUCAUUAACUUACCCCGGGAUUUAGGGAAGGACACUACACAUAGAUUCGGACCAAAUUCAUUCAAGUUACACAGACUUCCAGUGCCAAGACCAGGACAGGUUUUGGGGCUGGUUGGUACGAAUGGAAUAGGAAAAUCGACAGCACUCAAGGUGUUGUCUGGUAAAUUAAAACCAAAUCUGGGCAAAUUUGACUCGCCGCCAGAAUGGUCAGAGAUUUUGCAAUAUUUUCGGGGUUCUGAACUCCAAGGAUAUUUCACAAAGAUGCUGGAAGAUAACUUAACAACGGCAGUGAAGCCUCAAUACGUGGACAAUAUACCCAAACAAGUAAUUUCGCCCUUAAAUUUAUUGUUUCAGGUGGGAGGUUUGGUUGGAGACAUACUGGAAGCGAAAGAUAAGAGAGGUAUAGGACAGGACUUGAUAGUAACACUGGAAUUAUCACACCUUUUAUCGAGAAAAGUCUCAGAAUUAUCGGGAGGAGAACUCCAGAGAUUUGCAAUAUGCGUGGCAAUACUGUGUGACGCAGAUGUUCUGAUGUUCGACGAACCGAGCAGCUACCUCGACAUCAAACAGAGGAUAAUUGCUGCUAGAGUAAUUCGCCAAUGCAUACAUCACGAAAGAUACAUAAUUGUGGUAGAACACGAUCUCUCUGUUCUAGACUACCUCUCAGAUUAUGUUUGUUGCCUUUGGGGGAAACCGUCAGUGUACGGAGUUGUAACUUCACCCUUUAGCGUCAGAGAAGGGAUUAAUAUCUUUCUGGACGGUAAUUUUAAUCUUUUACGAAAAAAUUGUUUAGGAUUUGUUCCAACUGAAAAUUUAAGGUUUAGAGAAGACUCUUUGUCCUUUAAAGUCUCAACGGACGUUGAUUUGGAAGAAGUCGAGAGUAUCCACUGCUACAAAUAUCCACAAUUGGAUAAAAAACUUGGAUCAUUCUCACUUACAGUUAUGCCUGGCGACUUCAACGAUUCUGAAAUUAUUGUUCUGCUUGGUGAAAACGGAACAGGAAAAACAACCUUCAUAAAAAUGCUCGCCGGUAAAUUACAACCGGACAACGCUGAUUAUGAAGACUUAAUGCCAAAGUUAUCAGUAAGUUACAAGCCACAGAAACUCUCUGUCAAAUUCGAUGGAACACUAAGACAGCUAUUCCAUUCAAAAAUCAGAGAAUCAUUUCUCUCCCCAAUUUUCCAAGCGGAUGUUGUUAAACCAAUGCAAAUUGACAAUAUCUUGGACCAACAAUUAAAGAAUUUGUCUGGUGGAGAGUUGCAAAGAGCCGCCAUAAUUUUGGUAUUGGGGACUCCUGCAGAUAUUUACCUAAUUGAUGAACCAUCUGCCUAUCUCGACUCCGAACAGCGUAUAGUUGCAAGCAGGGUUAUAAAAAGGUUCACUUUAUACAAGAAGAAAACCACAUUCAUAGUUGAGCAUGACUUUAUUAUGGCCACAUACCUGGCAAACAGAGUCAUUGUUUUUGAAGGUCAACCCGGAAUCACUGCAACCGCACUAAGUCCAGAACCCCUGGCCACCGGGUUCAACAGAUUUUUGAAGUCGCUGGAUGUAACAUUUAGAAGGGAUCCUACAAACUUUAGACCCAGAAUAAACAAAUAUGAUUCCGUCAAAGAUAAAGAACAGAAGGCCUGUGGAUUGUAUUUUACAAUGGAUACCUGA